AGUGGGGGAGAGACUGAGGGGAGCAUUUAGUAGGCACGCUCAUUCACACAGUCACUUUCCCACUUGCUUGUGACUUUCACCACUGCAACCUCCUUGCUGCCUACCAGGAUUCCCUUUUCCACCCGCCAUGACCCACUGCCUCGGCCUGAGCGUCCAGCUCCUUCUGCUGCUGUCCCUUAGCUUCGCCGCGCGCGCGGAACCUCGACGGACCACGACCCCUCAGCGCAGAACGCCUCGCGCGCCGGCCGCCAAGGUGCGUCUCGCGGGCAACUUUGCGCGCGAAGCAAACGAAGGCCGCGUGGAGGUUCUGCACGACAACACCUGGGGGACCAUCUGCGACGACGAGGUGGACAUAAACUUGGCCAACGUGGUGUGCCGCGAGCUGGGGUAUCGAGGAGCGGUGACGUGGGCUCACAGCGCCAAAUAUGGAGAGGGGACAGGUCCUAUUUGGAUGGAUAAUGUGCGGUGUGACGGCUCAGAGAAGUCCUUGAAGGACUGCAAACACAACGGUUGGGGGGUAAAUGACUGCAAGCACUCCGAAGACUUGGGGGUUGUAUGCACCCCCGAGCAGAGACUGGAUCAAUCUGCCAGCCGAGGCUACACCACACCUGUCAGGCCUUCUGGCAACACCGCCUCUCAGUGGAGGGGUAACGCGGCAACACAGAGGCAUCCGGGGUACGGAUACUAUGGGAAUGGACACCCGUAUGAGAUCCCGAGGUUCCAAAGGCACCAGCACCACCAGGGUCACGGGAAAGUGCGAAUCGAAGAGGUCCGCCUGCGCGCCAUCCUCUCCGCCACAAAGAAGAAGAGCCUCAUCACGGAGGGCGUCGUGGAAGUGAGGCAUGCUGGGAGAUGGAGACAGGUCUGCGACCUAGGAUGGAGUCUCAACAGCAGCCGGGUGGUGUGCGGGAUGCUCGGCUUUCCAGAGGCAGCUCAGCACAAUGUCAAAACAUAUAAGAAAAUAUGGGAUGCCAAGGUUAAAGAUCCAUCUACCAGAGUAAGCCUCAUGGCAAAAAAGAAGGGAUUCUGGGUAGAGAAGGUGCAUUGUCUGGGCACGGAGAAUACGCUAUCAGAGUGCCACGCUCAGUUGUCAAUCCCCCGAAGUCCGACUCCUUGUAAGAAUGGGCAAUUUGCAGUGGCCAAGUGCAUACCAGGACCUCAGUUUGCUCGCAUCUCUUCAGGAAGACCCCAGGCUCCUUACCCAGUGGUGCCUGUGCGUCUCAAGGCAGGUCCCAGGCUGGGUGAAGGCCGUGUGGAGGUUCUGCGAAAUGGAAAAUGGGGGACGAUUGUCGAUCACUUGUGGGACCGAACUGCAGCCAGUGUUGUGUGCAGAGAGCUCGGUUUUGGUACAGCCAAGGAUGCCCUGCAUGGAGCCUUUAUGGGCCAAGGUACUGGACCUAUUCAUAUGAACAAUGUGCAGUGUAUGGGGUCAGAACGCUCCAUCCUGGACUGCUACUUCCAGGAAGUCCAACCAUGGACAUUCAAACACACCCAGGAUGCUUCAGUACGCUGUAACGUUCCCAAGACCGGCAUAGAGAAAACGGUGCGUCUUGCUGGUGGUAGAGCCUCUUCAGAAGGACGUGUGGAGGUUUUGAUGGAGAUUGGGGGACGUAAGCGCUGGGGAUCUGUCUGCAGUGAAAACUGGGGUAUAAAUGAAGCUAUGGUGGUGUGCAGACAGCUCGGUCUGGGUUUUGCUGCGAGUGCUCAUCAGGAGACAUGGUACUGGCCUGGUAACGCAAAUGCAAGUGAAGUAAUUCUUACUGGGACUCACUGUGUUGGAACAGAGCUUUCCAUCCAACAGUGUCGUCGCAACAACCAUGUCCACUGCCCUCGUGGUGGAGGAGCUAAGGCUGCUGGGGUCAGAUGCUCAGAGACUGCUCCAGACCUUGUUUUGGAUGCCCAGUUGGUCCAGGAGACUACCUACCUGGAAGACCGACCUCUCCACUUGCUGACUUGUGCACAUGAAGAGAACUGCUUGUCGUCCUCUGCUGCCAGAAUGAACUGGCCAUAUGGCCACCGACGCCUGCUGCGCUUCUCUUCCCGUAUCAUGAACCUAGGUCGAUCCGAUUUUAGACCAAAGGCAUCGAAAGAUAGUUGGACAUGGCAUCAGUGUCACAGGCACUACCACAGCAUCGAGGUGUUCACCCAUUACGACCUGCUGACGCUAAACGGUACAAGGGUUGCAGAGGGACACAAGGCCAGUUUCUGUCUGGAGGACACGUACUGCCCUGAUGGAGUCCAGAAGAGGUUCUCCUGCUACAACAUGGGUGAUCAAGGCAUUUCUGUGGGCUGCUGGGACACUUACCGUCAUGACAUUGACUGUCAGUGGGUUGACGUCACAGAUGUACGACCAGGGGACUACAUUUUCCAGGUGGAAGUUAACCCCUCCUUGGACAUGGCUGAGUCCGACUUUAUGAACAACGUCAUGAGAUGUCGGUGCAAAUAUGAUGGCCACAGAGCUUACAUGUAUAGCUGUCACACAGGUGACGCUUACAGCGCAGAGACUGAGGACCUGUUUGAGCACCAAAGGCAAAUCACCAACAACUUUGUGUAGCUCUUUCCAGGGUCCAGUGCAAAGGCCUUGCAGUGGAGCACAGAGACUAUUCAAAGUGGGCAAGGGUCGAAAGGCCCAGGACUCUCAGGACCCUCAGUAACAUAAUAUGGUGCCUGCUCAUGUCCUUGCAGAUCUGGGUAAAAUAUUCAUGAACACAUCAUCUGACAGCAGCAACUAUUGCAGGAAAUAUUCUACUAACUAAAACCUCCAUCGGCAGCAGGAGAGGAAAAGGUGCCGCUUUGUCCAACGUGUUUGCUUGUUCUAGUAAAGGGAAAAAUAAACCUAUAGACACAGAUUUGAACUCUUCCGAAUCUUAGCAAACUACAGAAAUUUGACAACGAACCCAUGUGAAAGGGAAUGGAAAAAACUGGUUUCAUUCUCAAACAGGAAGAUAUAGAAGCCUGAGAUGAGGUUGUGUGAAUUUUGUCAAAGAAGAUUGAAUAACUUGUUUAUACACAUUUUGCAAAACGUUCCACACAUUUCGUAUGUUAGUACCGGCUCUCAAAAUAUUCAUUCAAGCUUAUAGUCGACUUACUUUGGUGCUCUCAUUUUCUCAACCAGCCAUACUGUAUUGUUAUUUCACAUUAACUUCAGAUAAAAAGAUUUUGUACAGUAUAUUUUGGAUAACUUUCUUUAAAAGACAUAUUUUAUUUUAUCCAUUAUUUCCUUCUAACAAAAUUAUCUUUGAUUAGUUUAUGAAAUGUUGUGCUUCAUGUUUAGAGUAGAUAAGAGCAGGUCAGUUUUUUUUUAAAUAGAAAAACGCACUUUAUCUUUAAAACACAUAUUCAGAUUUAGUCUCCUUUUUUAAGUAGCCGCAACAUUUAAAACACAGGUUUUUUUUAAUUAACUAUUAUUUUAAACCCUGAAAAGUCAAAUCUGAGUUUUUUUUUUGUGAUUUUUCUUGUUCAUUGCGCUAUGCUGUACUUUAUUACUUUAUUUAUUGGUAUUUACACAGCAUGACCAGUAAAUACAUUCAAGUGUUUAAUCUAAAAUCUUUUCCAUUUUUCCCAACAUACUCAUCCGGGGUAAAAUCCUUCUCCAGUAGUUAGAGUACACUGUAGGAUUUCCAUCUUGUAGAUGAAUAAUUGUACAUUUGGUUCAUUUUCGUCAUUAAAACAAUUGUAACUGUGCCGUUUUCCUCUUCCAGCCUAUCUGAUGGGAGGGAAAACUGGUCUGACAAAACCACAGUACGGCAGUAGACAGGCAGGCUGGGUUUUUGAGAGCAUAUAAAAAGCCUUUUAAUUACCACUGUUUGGUUAGACUUAACGUUACAGUUACGAUUGAGGGCUCGAGCAUGUGCUUUAUAAAGAAACAGCAUGGCAUUGUUACUUAUGCAACCAUGGAAAAGACAAGAAUUUGGAUUUCCAUCUUUGCAUAAACUACAAUAGAGAUACUGAUGAUCUGAGAGAUUUAGAUGGGGGAGACAGGGAGUCAAAGAAAGAAUGAGGCAGAUGAUAUUUGGAAAAUGAUUUAGUCAGAACUACAGUAUUCUCUUUGGAAAAAAAAAAGCUGCCUUGUUGUUGGCAGCCUUAUGGAGACCACAGGCUGGCAUUUCCAGCUCCCCAACGAAAACAACAUGUUUGGGAGGAAAAAUAAACUAUUCAUGCUUCGAAGCAGUAAACACUGGCCUUGUUUUAACUUAAACAGGCCUUCUGAAUUGUGCUGUACUCUGUGCUUUUUUUCUGAAUAAGUAGUAGCUCAACAGACAUUAAAAGAGCUCCGUGGGACUUAUGUUAGUGUCGCUGUCCCAGUCUUUUAAUGGAUUUUAUUAGUUCGACUUCUUGUCUGAAAGGGUUCAGACGGUUCAGUGGACAGUUUUCAAUGCAUGUAAUUCACUAAGUCAGAUGUACCCCUAAUAAUAUUUCUGACAAGAUAUUUCUUUGUCAAUUUAAUAACUCACAUAUAAAAUUUUUCAUGUCAACCUCAUAUUUCUAUUUUAUUUUGUCUUACAUAAAAGUCCAGAAAUGUUUAUUUUAAGGUUAUCUGUUGAUAUGUGCGUUUUUCAUUUUGACAUAAUACCAUUGUCUGUUGUUUGUGUUAUUUAAAAGUAUGUUACUCCAUAGCAUGAAUUGGUUCAUAUUCCUCAUAUUACUGUAUAGCUACCUAUGCUCUAUGCAUAGCACUGGGAUAUUGUUUUCUAUGGCCAGUUUUGCUUGCGUCUUUAAAGCUGAGAGUGAAACCCAAAAAAGCGCUGAUACUGUUAUAUUCAUAGAAAGCUGUACUCUCAGGGACUUUGACCUCAUUUAAACGAUAUAUUUCAUAUGAUGUGACUAAUUUUAAUUUUUGCUGUGAUGACAACAAAUAAAACCGGAGCGGUUUUCGAAAUGUCGGUGCUCUUACGAAAACUAAUUUGUACCCACAUGUUUACUUUGAAGGUAAGAAUUUAAGGUAUGAUGGCGAUAAGCUUUGUUACCUUUCAUACCCUGAAGGAAGUUCAGAUAACUGCGGAUACGCACUGUCUGAGUCAGAGUCAAAUCCCAACCCAUUCAUUCAUCAUUACUGUGAAUCAAUAAAACUUCAUCUCACACUAAGCUG